UUCUGGCACAGGAAUAUUAGCGGCUCUGUUGUACAAUAAGAGACGAAUUUUAUUCGAAAUAACACAGUGCCGGCUGGAUCUGUGUGCUACCAAAGAGAGACUCGGGCUGCCGCGUUGUGUGAGCCUGUGUCGGAGGGACUGGAAUGGCUCAGUAGCAAUGCUGCACUAGCAGAUAGUGCGUUACAUGCGUCUGCUUUGACCAUAUCUGCAGUCAUUUUUUAAAAACUAAAUUUAUUUGCAACAUCCAGCGAGAAGCCGUGGGAUUUACGUUUUGGCAGCUGGACCGCCCCAGGCGUUUAUUAUAGGCGAUCCGUCUAAGUACCCUCCCGUUAAGAUUUUGUCUGGUUGUCAUUCAAUGUCCUAUAAGGCCGAGGCUGCCCCGUGGCUGAUCCUGACAAUGCCUUCAACUGAGCGCUCUGGAGGUGCGUGGGGAUGAAAUGGAUGGAGCCCAUGACCAGACCAGUGUACCAGCACCCUCCUCCCAGCAUGUCCAGCUGCAGCAAGUCUCCCCCCGUCUCCGUAGAAGGAGCGGGCUCUAACUCAAUGGCAUGGGUGAAGAUGUUUAAAAAACCCGGAGGAGGCCUGAAGAAGUCGUAUCAGCCUGGCAGCAUGCUGUCUCUCGCCCUCACCAAAGGCCUGCUGAACGAGCCGGGGCAGAACAGCUGCUUCCUCAACAGCGCUGUUCAGGUGCUUUGGCAGUUGGACAUUUUCAGGAGAAGUUUGAGGCAGCUCUCAGGUCACUUUUGUCUCGGUGAUGCUUGCAUUUUCUGUGCUUUGAAGAGCAUUUUCAGCCAGUUUCAACAGAGCAGGGAACGUGUGCUGCCCUCUGACAGCUUGCGUAAUGCCCUUGCUGAAACUUUUAAGGAUGAGCAACGUUUCCAGCUCGGCCUGAUGGAUGACGCUGCUGAGUGCUUUGAGAACAUCUUGGAGCGUAUUCAUUUACACAUAGUCUCAGACACCGCAUCUGAUGCUUGCUCAUCCAAAUCCUGCAUUACCCAUCAGAAGUUUGCAAUGAUGCUGUAUGAGCAGUUUGUGUGUCGCUGCUGUGGUGCAUCCUCAGACCCCCACCCAUUCACAGAAUUGGUGCACUAUGUUUCAACCACUGCUUUAUGCCAACAGGUCGACCGCAUCAUGGGGAAGAAUGAGCGUCUGAGAUCAGACAUGUUUGGAGAAUUGCUGCAGGCAGCAAACAACACAGGUGACCUCCGAAGCUGCCCGAGUAACUGUGGUCAGAGCAUCAAGAUCCGCCGUGUGCUCAUGAACUGUCCAGAGAUUGUCACUAUUGGAUUUGUAUGGGAUGCGGAGCAGUCUGAUCUAACCGAUGAUGUCAUUAGGUCACUUGCACCACGUUUGAACCUGUCUGGGCUUUUUAAUCGUGUCACUGAUGAGAAUGCCAAAAGGAGCGAGCUGCAUCUGGUGGGGAUGAUCUGUUUUUCGAGUAAACAUUACUCAGCCUUCGCCUAUCACACCAAAUCUUCAAAAUGGAUGUUUUUUGAUGAUGCUACUGUAAAGGAGAUUGGAUCAAAAUGGAAAGAUGUUGCAUCUAAAUGUAUCCGGGGACAUUUCCAACCGCUACUUUUAUUUUACACCAAUCCUGAGGGGAGUCCAGUAUCCAAUGAAGAUGCACCACGGCAAACCACCAUGUGUUCCCGCUACAAAGCCCAAGUAAAUGGUGACAUGACAGUGAAGCGUCCCAUUGGCAGCCCAAAUAAAUUCCAGGAAGCUUUCAUGGAGAAUUUGCCGCGGCCUGGAGAGACAUCAAAGAAAGACAGAGGGCACCGUAGAUCUGACCCGUCACAACACAAAGAGAUGGCGCAUGCUAGAUCUUCAUCACCUCCAGAGAAUGGACUGCGAGCACCUGCGGACCAGAAGCUGAAAAGCUGUCCACGGAUGGAGAAGUCAUCAAGCCAUUCAAGCAGAGGAUGUCAGGAGACACGUGGGCAGUCCUUCGGGGUACAGGCUGGUGGCCAUGGCCGCAGGAACAACAGUUCUCCCGGCUGCUACGAUCAGGAUGGCUGUCAGGAGCAAUGGGAUAAAGGCGGCGGUGGAGGAAGCCGCAGCAAAGCCAAAUCUACAUGGAGACCCAUUCGAGAGGUGCUGAAUGUGGAUAGUGUACUGAAUGAACUGGAGCAGCGUCGUCAGCAGCAACAUGAUAGCCCGCGGCGCAGUAAGCCUUCCUCCCAGGAGAGGGUGCACGCUGAACAAGGUCGAGACCGUGAGCGGGAGUAUGUUCGAAACAGAGACGAUCGAAAGCAGAAGUGUUUGAUGACUAUUUAUGAGGAUGAGCAGCGGCAUGAGACAGAGAGCCACAGUUCGUUAGAGUCAGAAAGCAGGGCCAACCAACAAAGGGGCAGCAGACUGAAGGGUGGCCCCAAGACCCUGUUACGAAGUGACACCUGGACUAUUCAAAGGACAGAGUCUGGCUAUGAGAGCAGUGAUAGACUCAGCAGUGGCUCCACCAAUCCCGACUCACCUGGAGUUGAUGGCUUUGCUGGUAAAGACCAGAAAUUAACACCAGAGGCACAGUCGCAAAGUCAGAGACAGCUGCACCAUAAAGGAGGCGAUGCAAAACCAAGCAUAGUGUGCUCCCCUUCUCAUAAUGGUAAACAUCAACCCAAAACUCAGGGAAAGAACUAUGACCAAAUUUCACAUUCACAUCUGAAGUGUAGUCCAAGUUCAAGACGGAAAUCAAAAUACAACACAAGCACCUCCAGGAAAGGAGUGCCUACAGAGAGGGAUUCCUCUAGUUGUGACAACAGGACAGGCCAGAGUGAACAGCAGGAGAUGACAAACUGUAGGGGGCACAGUGGAGAGAGUCCCGCCCUGAGGCACAUUGCAAAAACCAGCAGCUCAGAGUGGAACAGCUCAGACGAUCUUGCCCUGUCUGAGCCUGAGGACAGGGACAGCGCUUACCGCUCCAGUAACAGUGAGGCUGUCACCUCCGAUUCGCAGUGCUCCCAUCUCGCCCUCCCACACCACCCUCACAGCAGUGUGACCGCAGACCCCCCUCCACCGAGCAGUCAGCGUCAACAAGGUACCACAGUGUCACCUCACCUUAAACCCCCCCACCGAAUCUCCCCCCACCAGGGCGAAACAAGCCAUGCUGCGUUUCGCCCGAGGCAGCUUCAAGAACCGUUCCCAACAAGCCCGCGCCUCUCUGCCCGAGCAACCACAUCCUACGUUAGCCCUCCCAGGAAGGCGGAGAUUUCAGGGCACAGACCGUUCUCAGAUGCAAGCUCCAAGUCAGGCUCUGACCCAGAAAGGAGCACCCCGUCGUCAUGUGACAGCGAAGAAAGACUAACAGGAUCCAGGUCUACAGGAGCGGAGCCGGCAGUGCCUGCACAAGAGGUUUCCCUGACGACGUACUUCAACGUGGACAAUUGUAUGACAGAAACGUACCGACUCAAGUACCACAACCAGAGACCCCUCGUCCUCUCCGCCACAGUGCCACGAACUGUGGUUGUGGCUGAGCGCAGAGACGCCAGCCACACACUCCCUAUGGACACACACCCCCAAGAUGUGCCAAAAGCCAGACCUGAUACAAGUAAGCCUCCCUUGGCCAUAACAGCAAUAAGCCCACAGCAAAAUGGAACCCAGUGACUGCCAAAGGACUGGAUGAGCGUGGUUUUUUAUGAGUGUUAACUUGGUAAGUUCUGUUUACAUGGAUGAACAAUGGUCAGCACAGUGCUAACAAUUCAUUCAAUAUUUACCUUAAAAGGGAAAGUCAAUUUUCAUGUGUUUUACAACGACAUUAGGUCACUGUAUUCUCCUGUGUGCGUUUUGAACUGGAUGCCAAAGAGUCUACAGAAUGGAAAUAUGUUCUAUAGCCCAACCUCCUAAAAUUGAAUAGAAUUUAAUUUUUAUGCAAGAUUGUUCUGUAACUACAAACUGUUUUGAAAUACUGUUAAAUAUUGUUUGCUGGAUUAUCAACAAUCAAAAACAAUGUCUUCCAUUGUCCCCGAAUAUUGCUGCAACAAGAUUUUUGUUUUUUUUUUGCCAAAAUCUGAGCUGUUUCCAGUCUGUUUAAACAGAUUUUGAGUCUGUAAUUUCAUCCAGUCACCCUCUGCUGCGUUUAAAGCUGAUGUUUUCAUUUGUGCUGUGAUUGUGCAGAUUUGCUGCAGAUAAGUCAGUGUUAGUGAGCUGAUUAGACUGCAUUCCGUAAUGAUAUGUCUAUGAUGGAAUGAGUCUGGAUGGAGUGACAUCAGAUGAAAUCAAAGCAGUUACCAAAUACAAAGUUUAAUUGCAACAUUUGACAUGAAGAGAUUAGUUAUAAGUACUAAAAUCUACAGGCAGAGGGGCUGCAUCAGCACCAGCAAAUUAAAAUGAGUUAAUUUAAUUGAUCAAGGUGUGCAGCUUUUCAAUGAUUGUCUGGGCGACUCACUGACUCUAAGCACUGGAGGGCGGCAAGUAGCUAAUGAACAGGUGUCAAGACAUUUAUACUGAUAUUAUCAUCAUGCAGCAAUUGGUGUGCAGCAUUUAUAUGUUAUUGAAUGACCAAGGGCUUCCCCUUCCUGGUUUCACGGACAGAGUUCUCCAGUUGAUUCAAUGGCUUUACUAAUGUAUUUUUCCUGUAAAAUUACAAGUAUAUUUACAUAUUAAGUCAAACUAAUCUCUGCUAAAUGCCAGUUCUAAAAUCUUGCAUUACUGCAUUAAGAUUUGGAAAACCCUAAUACAGAAAAAACAGACAUAUUGUGUACUAUGUGAUCUACAAAAUGUUAGUCGACGGAGAUUUCCUGUAGCUGGGGCAGCCCUCGGGUGAUUCUGUAAGUCACUGUACACAGUCACAAAACCCUGUGAAUUCUUCACUUGUAUUUGCUUUUUUUUUUUUUUU